GCUUCCUUUUACUCCAAAGAGACGAAGCCGAAAACACCUUCAACGGGAAGGCAGUACAAUGCGAGUAUGUACACGUCGGCGUUCUCUGACUUUGCGUGUGUGGCUGUUUAUUGUCUUCCUGAGCCUGCAUUUGCUUGUGGUUUCACUUGUCCUGUCGGUCUACCACACUUCCUGUGAGCUCCCUUCAACCUAUGGCAUCCAGACCACUCAAAAUGCAUCCACUUCAGAGAUCACAAUGGCCACUACGAGAAGUGUCUCAAAGGAAAUGAAAAUGGUCGACCCAACAGGUGAUCUCGCCAAACUGGAUGCUCUAUUCUCCCAUCCGCUGUAUAAUUUGCCCACCCCACCUGUGCCUGAUGGGGAUUGGCUGCUGAAAGUCCGAACGAAAGUAAAAGAGCAAGAGCGAAGCACACAGCAGUGGGUUAGUGCCAAUGACGACGGCUUUGACCCUAUCUUAUGGAACACCAGUACUGACACACAUCCGCCUUGGCUCCGUUUUCACCUUGGUAUAUCUCGCUGGCAGAUGUAUCAGCACAAAGACCCCAAUCUGUCAGCGCUGAAUCAGCAGCUGGCAUCUCAUCGCAUUGUCAGUGCAGUGCAAAAGUCAGGUGGAACUCAGCUGAAGUUGGUGAUGUCUUUUCCUAAUUAUGGACAGGCACUUUUCAAACCCAUGAAACAGGAACGGCAUGAGGAAACCAAUGUGAAUCUGUAUUACUUUUCUGACUUUGAGAGGCACAAUGCUGAGAUCGCAGCCUUCCACUUGGACAGGAUACUGGGUUUCAGGAGGAUUCCUCCAGUGAUUGGCAGACUUAUUAAUGUCAUUAAAGAGAUCAAGGAGGUCACCACUGACCAUAAACUGGUCACAACGUUUUUCAAUUCCCCAGUGGGUAAUACAUGUUUUCACGGCCAUUGUUCGUAUUACUGCUCCACUGAGCAUGCUGUCUGUGGGCGUCCUAUCAAGCUAGAAGGCUCUUUAGCGGUUAUGCUGCCAGACCUGUCUCUGGCUCCACGCCACUCAUGGAGGAGUCCCUGGAGGAGGUCCUACAGUCGAACCAAUCAGGCUGAGUGGGAGACAAAUUCCAACUACUGUGACACAGUAAAACAGACUCCUCCUUAUGACCGGGGCACUCGAUUAGUGGAUGUGAUCGACAUGAGCAUUCUGGACUUUCUCAUGAGUAACAUGGACAGGCACCACUAUGAAACAUUUGAGAAGUUUGGCAACGACACAUUUCUUAUACACUUAGAUAAUGGAAGAGCGUUUGGACGUCACUCAAAAGAUGAACCUUCUAUAUUGGCUCCUCUUGUGCAGUGCUGCAGGGUCCGUCGCUCGACGUUGCUUCGUUUACGUCUGCUCUCUCUCCCACCUUAUCGGCUGAGCGAUGUCAUGCGAGCGUCUUUAUCUAGGGACCCCCUUGCAGAGGUCGCACCUCUCCUUACUGAACCACAUCUUUCUGCUUUAGAUCGGCGCCUGGAAACAGUCAUGCAAGCCAUCCAAGACUGUCUGCAGCAGCAUCAACAUCACAGUGAUGUCAUAUAUGAUGACAUCAUGGAUUACCCUCAGGCUUGACUUUGUAGUCUGUUGUAUUGACCGUUUUCUUCACACACGAGCCAUUGGAAUCUUUUUUUUCUCCUUGAUGUUGCAAAUUGAUAUUUUCUUAUCAUAAUAUUAUUCAUGUAUAGUCAUCAACACACUUGUUUGUAAAGCAAGUAGUUUGACUGUUUUUCUUAAGGCUGAUUUAUCCUUCAGCGUAUCCUUCACGUAUAGCGCACGCUUGGUCGGCUUGUUAGCUGUGACUAGUGUGGGCAGUGCUGAGAGCCGCGAGCCUGAUGGAGAAAUUGUUUACAAUUCAAUUCAUGUUUAUUUCUAUAAAGAUUUUACAUGGUAGAUUGUGUCAAAGCAGCCUCACAUAGAAAUUCCAGUAGAUUGAAACUGUGUCAGUCCAGUUUUCAAUGUCGAAGUUCAGUUUAGUUUAGUUCAGUGUGGUGUAAUUAUCAUUGCUGAAAGUCCAAAAACUGAAGAGAAAAUCCACCAAUGCACAGCUCCAGAUGUCCCAAACAAGCAAGUCAGUAGCGACAUUGUCAAGGAACAAAUCUUGACCAAUUGAUGAAAGUGAAAGACAAAGAAACCUUGAAAGAAACCAGGCUCAGUUGGGCACGACUAUUUCUCCUCUGGCCAAACUACCUGUGCAGAGCUGCAGUCUAGACAGUAGAGGCUGUGUCGAGUCUCUUGUAGGAGCUCCAGAUGGAAACUUUUGUUUUUCUUAUGACUAAAGUUGUUGUACGUCUGCUGUUUCCCACCUCUGAAGCCUCCUAUCCACUGCACACGACAAGCGACAGACCAGAAGUCAUUCAUUUCCAAUGGAGAGUAGUCCAAGAGCCGCGUGGAGUUCCGAUCACCUCCGUAUGCGUAAAAUUCAGAUCUGAUUUGAGCUGUGGAUCCGUUGAAAUAUUUGAACUCCUGUGACUAGACCGUAUGCGGCCAGCCAACCAGAUGUGAUGUAUUCCAGUGUUGUAAAAGCUGGUCCGUGUGUGCGAGAUGAGAAAUAAGAGUUUAUUUUGUUAAUUUUUUGAAUUGUAAAAACUCUAUUAAAAAAAAAAGCAGCAAGUAUAAAUGGACAACUAUGUGCAAGGCAUGCGCUGAGUCAAGCCGAUCACAAGAUGUAGAAGUAUAAACAAGCCUUUAGUCAUUUCUCCCAUAGACAACUGAGUCUGAAGUUCUAAAACAAUCUUAAAAAUAAGCGCACUUCCAAAUCACAGAAUAAUUAAUAACAAAACUGUAAAUUAUUCAUAUUUAUAAUACAAAUAGAUAUUGUAUAAUUGGAUUAUUGCCAUCUGUGGCUACUUUUAAAGAUGGUGUCAAAUGUAUGUUGCAAUAGUCUUCCUUAUUGUGGCGUGUAUAUAAGUAAAAAAAGAAAGAAGGAAAAAAAUGUGGGAUGGGAGUUUGGGAAUUGUAGGAAUUGAACAGAUAGUAGGUUUGCUGUUGUUGAUUGCAUGAUUGACAGGUUGGUCCCGCCCUUGUCCCAGUAAACAGGUCUUCCGAGAAAAGAUUUCACUGCAGAAAGAAUGGAGGACAGUUUUAAUGAAUAAUUAUGAGGGCACAUGAAUUAAAAGUAAAAUGGUGUGAUCAGUUUGUGAUAACAAGGCAGUAUUUCAUAAAUAAUAAUAAAUCCCUGAGUAAACUGCAA